AUGACAGCAGCUGCUAGGUAUGCAGCUCUUCUACAGUGGCUUCGGUCCAACGACGCAGAUAUCUCACCAAAGAUAGAUUUGCAACCGUCGUCUCGUGGCGGAGGAUACGGUGCCUUUUUAACGGAGGAUGCGGUAGAGGGUGAGCUUCUCUUUACGAUUCCCCGGAAGACAUGCAUCACGUUGGCGGACUCUAUCGAAGAUGAUGCUUGCGGUGAAGGCUUUAAGGCUCUAAUUGAAACGGCCGGCCCUGGAGGAAAUACAGUGGUAAUGGCAGGGUUCAUGGCGAGGGAGCGCAUCCGGUCGCUGGAAAGCCAAAAACCAGGAAGUAUCGUUGACGAUAGUUCGUUCGGUCCGUAUUUGGCAACAUUGCCUUGGGAGCGAGGUAUGAACAAUCAAGAGCAUGUUCUGUACUGGGAUAACAAAGAUAUUGAAAAGUAUUUGAAAGGGUCUAUGUGCUACGGUGAAGCACUUGAUCUACGAAAAGAAGUGGACGUUGCCAUUCGGGUUCUCAACACUAUCGUAGGCAAGUCAAUCCGUGAGUUUCGCGGCGACUAUCUCGACAGCGGCUUCCAAUGGCCUUGGGAAAAGGCCGCCCAAGCUUCCGAGGAAAAACUGAAAGGACCGCCAGAAGGUCUAGCCGAAGCUGUCAAAGGUGCGUUUGUUUGCAUGCUUACGCGGGCUUUUGAAGACGGCGACGGGGAUGAGGAGAAGCUUGUUCCCAUGUUGGAUAUGUUGCAGCACAGCGACGAACCAAAUAUUUCUCACGCAAUGCGCAAGUCGGACGGCGCCGUGGAAGUGCGGGCCCGACAGGAUUUAACUGCGGGACAAGAACUCUUGAACCAAUAUCGGUCUGAGUUAGAGGAGACAAUGCCCUACCACCGCUUUUUUACCCGUUUUGGUUUCGUCCCUGGUAUUCAAGAAGAAAUGACGAAUCUGUUUGAAGACAAGUCCUCUAUCUUUUUUGCGCAAAAGGCUGAGAUAUAA